AUGUUGUUGAAGGACUUGAAUGAACUCUUAAACUUGCACGGUAAAAAAAUUGAAGAUUAUGAUCUCCCAUCUUUACCCCCUAAUACAAUAGACAAAGAUGCAAUUCCAAGUAUCAUACAAGAGGAGUUAGCGGUCGAUAUCCCCAAUGAAGAUAUUGAAUCUAUUGCUAAGUUAAAUAAUGAUCAAAUGAUUGCAUUCAAAACCAUUAUGAAUGUAAUUGUUCAAAAACACAGUGGGGUAUUUUUUGUUGAUGGUCCAGGAGGAACAAGUAAAACAUUCAUUUAUCGAACAAUAAUGACAAGUUUAAGAAGUAGAGGAGAAAUUGUCUUAGCAACUGCAUCAUUUGGUAUAGCUGCAACAUUGUUACCCGAUGGUAGGACUGCACACUCUCGAUUUAAGAUACCUGUUGAUAUACAACCGAGUUCCAUUUGUGCUAUUCAAAAGCAAAAAGAUCUUGCAAAUCUCAUUAGAGUUACUGCCACAAUAAUUUGGGUUGAAGCACCAAUGACAAACCAAAAUUGUUUGGAAGCCUUAGAUCGAUCAUUACAAGACAUUUGUAGCAACAGUGCUCCAUUUGGUGGAAAAGUUCUGAUCAUGGAGAGAGAUUUUCGUCAAGUUCUUCCUAUUGUAAGAAAAAGUACUAAGGCACAAGUGAUUUCAGCGUGUAUUGUUCAGUCUCAUUUAUGGAAUCAUACCAAGAUUUUGCGUUUGCGUCAAAAUAUGCGAUCAUUGCAUGAUCAAGAGUUUGCAGAAUUUCUUAUUCGCAUUGGUGAUGGUGUUGAACCUACCAAACCAGAUGACACAGUGAGGUUACCUUUACAUAUUGCAAUCCCAUGGGAAGGUGAACAUUCCAUACAAGUACUUAUCCAACAUAUUGUUCCUAAUUUAGAAUUGCAUGGUUGGGAUGCCCCAUAUAUGGUACAAAGAGCUAUUUUGACACCAACAAAUGAUGAUGUCCAAAAAUUGAAUGAUAUGAUUAUCGACCAGUUUCCAGGAGAAGAACAUAAUUUGUUGUCGUUUGACGAGGUUGAAGGAGAUAAUCAUAAUUUAUACUAG